AGCCAUUUCUCGGCGGGCCGCAACCACCGCGCCGCGGCGCGCGGGGUCCGCGCGGCUUCGUCGGCCAUGACGAGCCACAUGGUGCUGAAGUGUGCCAAGACGGGGCGGCUCUUCUUCACCACCGAGGAGGCCAAGGAGCACGCGGAGGCCUUCGGCAAGGAGUACGCGAACUUCGACCAGGUCGGCUUAGACCAUAAGGUGUGGGUGGCUGCCGAGACGGGCCGUGUCUGCUACACGGAAGCCGAUGUGCAGAGGAUGAAAGUCAGAGAUCCUGACUCGAAGACCUGGGAGGAGAAGGACGUGGCCUACCUCAUGGAGCUCCAAAAGAAGAAGGACGCGGCCGCCGGGCGCAAGGAGAAGUUCUUCGCCUCGGUGGACGCGAAGAAGUUGGCGCUGAUGGUCUCGGCGAAGAAUCUGGGGAAGAACCGGUCCGCCAAAGCUCUGCACUUCACCCGCGACAAGGGCACCAUCGAGGCGGCUGAGGCUUGGAUCGCAGAGAACAGCGGCCCAGACCUCGACAAGCUGCCCGACGAUUUCGUCGAGGAGGCUCUUGCAUCCUUAGGUGGAGGAGAUGUCGCCAUGACGGGGGAGGACGAUGUAGACAUGACCCCAGUGGUGGACGACCGCAAAGUGGGCGAUCCCAAUCCUCCGGAGAUCAAGGAGAAGGUGAGGCAGGACUUGCUGCAGCAGGUCUUGGAGAUGGGCUUCUCCGAGGUUCGGGCGGAGAAAGCCCUGUACAAGACAGACAACGCCGGCUUGGAGUAUGCCAUCAACUGGCUCACCGAGCACGCGGAUGAUGCUGACAUCGACCUGCCCCUGCUGAAGCCGCCUCCGCCGAAGCCCAAAAUGAGCAAGGAGGAGGCGGAGGCCAAGGCUCUUGAGCUGCAGCAAAAGCUCCGAGAGAAACGGGCAGAGCAGGAGAGGCAGGCGGAUAAGGAGAAGGAGGAGCAGCGGAAGUUGUCCACUCGGCUCAUGGCGGAGGCCCAGGAGAAGUCCAAGGAGGAGGAGAGGAAGCGAGCGAUAGAGCAGCAAAUGAGAGAG